GAUUCCAUUUCAAAGCAUUUGAUAUACACAGCGGACUGUACAAUGUCCAUUGGAAACUAUUUGAUAGUUAUACCGAUACUGAAGAGAUACUAGGAGAAGGACAUACACAUGUAAUAAAGAUAGAUAACGAAACACAGGAUGCAUCAAGUUAUUGUGUACCAGCAGGACAAUGCUAUGGAAUACAAUAUGAUAUCAAACCAGAUCGUACAGACUUUCCUAAGCCUAGAGGCACACACGAACACGACUAUUUCCUGAUAAUAACGGUCACCAACAUUGCCCGACUAGUCACAACUCAUACUCUAAAAAUAACAAUUGACACAUCUCCACCUCACCCUGGUGUUGUAUAUGAUGGACGUUCUGGUAGCUCAGAAGUUGAUUACCAGCAGGGUUAUACAUUGCAUGCACAUUGGUCACAGUUCUUUGACAGAUAA